UGCGUCAAGACACUAUGAAACGUGUAAUCACCAUUCUGUGCAUCGUCGCUUCUGCAACGGGUGGCGUGCUAUCGGUGCCCCAGGCCCGGACUUCGUACAACAGCGUUCAAGAGCGCAUACAGCAGCUAGCGGAGGAGUUCAACGCUCUUCAAGACUCCUUCCAGCCUCGACACUGCGCAGACCUCCUUCGCAACGGCCAAAACACAAGCGGGGUGUACACUGUGUUCCAUAAGGCCGCCGGCACCUCAGGACAGAACGUAUACUGCGACAUGGACACUGACGGCGGAGGUUGGACAGUUAUCCAACGCCGCGGACAGUACGGAAAUCCAGUGUACUACUUCUACCGAAACUGGACCGAGUACACCAACGGAUUCGGAAAUCCCGCUGAAGAAUACUGGAUUGGCAACAGCGCACUUCACGCUCUCACAUCCGGUGAUGAGAACAUGGCCCUACGGAUCGUAUUGAGCAACAGUACGGAAGAAACUGUGUCCCUUGACUACAAGAAUGUCACAGUGGGGAGUGAAGAGGAACACUUUAGGCUUAAACUGGGAGAUUACACGGGAAACACAGGUUGGGACGCCAUUCGGCUAGCUUCCGGCCAGAAAUUCUCAACCUUCGAUAGUGACAAUGACGAUUCCAGUACUAAUUGCGCUUUCCGCUUCCGUGGCGGAUGGUGGUACGCUAGUUGUCUAAGUGGCAACCUAAACGGGCUCAAUCUGAAUGGGCCACACGAUAGUAUGGGCGACGGCAUUGACUGGGCCACGCACGAAACUCUGUACCAUUACUCUUAUCCAAACGUUCGAAUGAUGAUCCGACCAACAGGGUCAGGCUAAGUGGUCAGCGCUCUUUGGUCGGCUAGUCUUAAAGGAUUCCCACUGCUCUAUUACCAGAGUCCAUCAGUCGUAUUUCGACGCGCAAGAAGCUGACACUUGGUAUCGCUCACCUACAGGCUGUGUUUUCUUUUACCUUGCUGCAGCACAUAUAGCAAAACGAGAAAGCACAGAAGACUAGUAUGAUGUAACGUAUUCUUGUCUGCUUGUUGGUUGUGGCUUUGUGGUCGUUGAAUAAACGAAAACACUCAUGCAUUCUUGACCUUAUGAAUCUUUGAGAAUGGCGUGCGCGGAAGGCAAAUGUGUUUU